AUGUGCUCCAUAACAACGUGUUUUCGAUCCAUACAGGAUAACAUUUUUCUUGCUAAAAUAAAUAUUCUCUGUUAUUCUGUGAAAACCUUGGCGUGGGUGCAACACCAGAAGGGCUACGAACUCACUGAAAAAAUCCACUCCAAAAAGAAUAGGAACAUUGUUAUGCAAGCUAUUUUGAAGGACAUGCCGAACGUGCAAUUUUUUGAAAUUGUAUCUGUUGACUACGAAAAAUAUUCCGAAGAAUUUUGGUACAACCAAGUCAGAUUGGUUUACGAUGAAUCGACUGAUGUCGUCACUCAGGUACCAAAGUUUUUCGGACAGGAGCCAAAACUCAGCCUAGUGCCUAAUAUCAUCGGGAAGAGUUAUAACUCUGUUAUACAAUCUUUGAAAAAAGAAAUUCCAGGUCUAAAAGUGAUUGUCUUCAAAAAUGAUAAAGAAAUCUUUUCAACGUCUGCUAAAGUUGCAGACUACGUAAGAUUGGAUGUUGAUGAUUCUGAGCAGGAAUUAGAACUCUUCUUGUUGGGUCUUCAACUUGGAAUAUGUUUCUUGGCGUUUUAA